ACACAUCGAUUCUGCAAAAUCAUUUUGGUUUACUAAGCCUUACUGUAAUACAUAUGUACAUGCGCUAUAGCUAUUCGAUAUAAAUCUUGUGAGGUUUCCAAGUGUUGAUUUCCUGGAUCUAUAAAUGAGUUUUCCUGUUUAAAACAAAAGACAACACUACAUUACAUGUAUACCUGUAUAUGUUACGGUAAAUAGUCACAUUUAAAGUUCAAAAACGUCACUUUUUAUUAGGAAAAUCAUUUAAGGGUGAGAUAUUUCUACCUCCUGAGUAGGCAUCUGUUCCGCUUUGACUUCACCCAUUCCUAGUUCACCAUUUUACCAUGUAGAAGCAGUGCUAAAUCAGCUGUUUUCCUUCAAAGUUCUGAUUACGAGACAAUUCUGAUAUACUUUAAAGCCAUUUUCAACAACAAAGUGGAGAUAACAAUGCGUGGCCUGUGGUUGUUAAUAGUUAGUGAGGUCAUUCUUCUCACGGCAAAGGAGUGCCUUGUCUGAAGAGCUUAGGGUAUGGAUGAUGUGAUAUCAUAUUUCUGGUUUCUCUAAAAUGGCGUAUCUCAUGGCCUUAUAAAAAUUUCAGAUCAAAGAUGAUUUAUUGAGUUACCAAGCACGUUAUAAGAAAGGUUGAGUGAUGAUUGCCUGCUGUAGCAGUUGAUGUGCAGAAGUCCACAGAGUUAGAAUGUCACGCAGGAGACUGGAAUCAGCCAUUCAAGCUGGGAAGGCAAUUGAUGAAGGAAAGUCCUGGCCGGACAAAUUUGAGAAAGUCCAAGAAAUUAAUCAGAUAAAAAUUUUAGAUGAGAAACAAGGUGUAUUUAGUCUUCAGUUUUCAUACGAUGGGGAAUUGCUGGCAAUAGGUUACGGAAAUGGAGCUGUGGAGCUAAGGAACCCUUUAACAGGUGAACUUGUCAAAGAGUUACGCAAGUCCAGAUAUGGAGGCUACCAAGUCAUGUGUAUACGUUUCAACCCAAAGAACCCAGAUUUGUUCUUCGCCACAACAUCUGAAGGAAUGGUAUACUCAUGCAACAUUAAAGAUGGAUCAUGUCAAGAAAUUAUCAAUGAGAAGGGAAAUGAAAUAAACUGUCUAGACUUCAGUCUGGAUGGUUUUGAUUUUGCCACUGCUGGGAAGGAUUUGGCCGUUAGACUGUAUGAUACAAAGACACUACAGAUGACAAAAACAUAUGAAGGAUACAAUGCAAAGACAGUGCCUGACGAGGUACAGUCUUCUGCCAAUGCCAUGAGGGUGUUUGCCUUGAAAUAUCACCCAAUGAAUGAUGAUAUCUUUGUCACAGGAGGCUGGGAAAACCACUUAAAGAUCUGGGACUCACGGUCAAAUGACGGAGUGAAGCGUGUGAUCUUUGGACCUCAUAUAUGCGGAGACAGUUUGGAUCUUAAAGGGUAUGAGAUCCUCACUGGUUCCUGGGUAGGUCACAAUGCUCUGCAGCUCUGGGGCUACACUGAAGGAAAGCUGCAGAAAAAUGUGCCAUUUCCAAGCAGUGCUACAGGAGAAUUCCUCUACUGUGCUCAGUUCUGUGAUAAUAAUGUGGUUUUAGCAGGAGGCAGUGGCACAAAUUCAGUGCAAGCUGUUAACACAGAGACAGGAGAGUGCUUAGGUGGUAUCGGGAUGGAGCAUCCAGUGAUAGCAUUAGACAGCACUAAAGGAGGGCGAUUGUUUGCACUGGCUGGCACUGACCGCGUCAUCAAAAUUGGAGCGAUAUGUUGAGCGGCUCUCUACACCUUACUUAAAACAGGAUUCUGGCUUAAGAUUUUGCCACUUUGUUGGUUUAUGACAUCAUUUCCAAGUGAUUCUAUUUUUCUAUGUCUGUAAAAAUAUUUGCGUUUAUCAUUUAGGAUAAAACAUCUUCUGACCUGUUGAUCUUUCUAAUUCUUGUGAAUUGACUCAUUUAAAAAAAAGGUGUGCUAUAAUAAUGAUGUUUCCUGGCAUUUGAUAUUCCGUCCAUUCCCUGAAAUGCAUUGUAUCCCUUUGUCUAACACUCAAACUUGAAUCGUUUUUAUUAUCCUUUGUUUUUGCAUUUACAUGUGUUUGUUUUUUCUUUUGGCCUUGAUACAGUUGCACCUGUAUAUUUAGGUGUCAUUUAUAACCCUGCUCAAAUCACACGUAAACAGUCCAGAUUUAUCAGGAAAGAUAUACAGCAUAAAAAUCAUUGUAAGUAUCUAAGCAUCCAAUGUUAAAGGAGAAGAAAACUUAAAACAAUGACACUAUAGGCUGAAAAGAGCACAUUUUUUUCUAUCUGGUGGUGCCUGCUGGAUAAUUUUGCGAUUUUUCCUCGCCAUACACACAAAGUCUGAAAACAGCAAAGCUGGCAUAAAUCGCUGAGUUCAUGGCAUCCUCCAUCUUUAACACCCUGUAAAAUUUAUGCUGGGGGUGUGUUGCCUCUCAGCCAAUGAGAGUCAUUAAAGCUGCAGGCUUGUUUGUGUGAACUCGGAACCUACGUUCAACAUUCAUGUUUCCCGAUUGUCAAGCGGAAAGCGAACUGUACUGUUUGCUUUCCUUCUGGGAAGGAGAGUUCUACGGGAAAUGUACGACCUGCACUUCGACGGUUUUUGACAGCAAUCCUCUGCCUAACACAGAAGACUUCAGGACUAGUUCUCAAGCAAAAUGGAGUCGCCCACAGCGAAUUUUGGUGUGGACUUUAUUUAUAAUUUAUUAACUUGAGGUACAUGUUAGAUUUUUUUUAUGGUACAUACCUGCGAGGAAAUGCAUACUCUUUUCAGUGGUAUUUCUUUGAUAUUUAAAUUUUCUUCUCCUUUAAGACAUUCCCAAAUACAUUGUGGUGAAACUGCACAUAAGCAUGUACAUGUAUAUAUGAUAUAUUUCAUCAUUUUAUGCAGAUCUAUUUUGUAACAUAAUAAUAAAAUAUUACACUGUGUUAUGAUACAGUUUCUUAACAUGUACCCAUUAAAGUCUUUUCAGUAUUUUGGUGAAAUUAUUCUUGUGAUUGAUGACAUGGUCUUUUUUUUUUUUACAGCUUAUAUCAGUAUUAUCUUCUGCAAUUGCCUUUUAUAUGUUCUUUCACAUGCAUUUUCCUUGGUAUAGUGUAAAAGUACUCAGCGUAUACAGGCUUUUGCAAAGCACUGUGGUUUUAUU